AUGGAACACGUCACCGCAAUGAAGGAUCGACUCCAGAAAGCCGAUCGAGCCGAGAGCGAACACAAGACAACAAUCGCGCGGCUUGAAAAAGAUUUGGCCGAUGCUAAAAGCAAACUGGCUGCAGCUGAAUCCAGUGAGGACGCCGAAUUGAAAUGCGUGCACUGUGCAGCUGCUUCACUUACUGCCAAUCGUCUUCCUUCUUCUAAUGGUUCUGAUGCUGCUGCUGUAGUUGAUGUUGACAGUGCUAUGUCACAAAAAACAUCUGCAUAUAAUCACAAAGCAAACACACUCACAACUAAUGCUCAACAUCAUCAGAAUGCCUCUUUGCACAGCGAAGAAACAAACGACGCAACCGAUUCUGAGGCACCAAAUGCGACAAUCGCGCAAACAAAUGGCUCAACCGAUGCCAAGCAAAAGGUGCAAUCGGAUUCCGCUGCUCCAUCAGCAGCACCGGCUGCAGCCACACAUUUGCAAGGUGUUGCUGGUGGCACUGAACUGGACGACGGCGCUAGUGAAGAGGAGAAUAUUGUCGCGUUACAAGACGCACCAGAAAGUAAUAUGCAGAACUUGGAUAGCGCCACUAAACUGACAGUGCGUUUUGAGUUGAAAUGGCCAGUGCCCGACUGGAGCCGUGCAGACGCACCGAAAGAGCGUUGUGCAGACGGUUUUAAAUUGGACGUUGAGCUACUGGCGCCAGGUGAAGGCGAUUGCGCGAACAGGACACCGAGCAGUAAGGGUGAUUCGGAGCGUGUCGAACUGAUCGCGGAUCGCGAGGGAGGCGAUCACAAAAAACGCUAUGAAUUCAAGUUUUUGGUGGAUGGCGAGUGGCGUUGUACGGAGCAUUAUGCGAAGAUGCUUACAGAUAAUGGAGCGUUUGAGAAUAAUAUCGUUUACGUUUAA